AGUAACACAGGAAUCCCUACAUGUCAAGUCUGGAAACAGAAAGAAUCAAACUUUUUCUGCAGAAAUGAAAAUUAAUGAAGCAAUAUUAUUAUAAAAUGGGAUGAAAUAUGGUUCGAGUAUUGCUGUGUCAUUAUUUUAAAUCCCAAAGGAUCUUUAGUGAAUCAUACCAGCCGACUAGUUUGUGCUCUACCCGAGAGUACCUCUUUGUAGGUGUUGGUGGCUGUAGAGUAUUUGUCUACUCUCUUGAAGAACCUAACUUCCCUCUUGUCUGCCAGUUCUCAACGAUUUCUACAGCUGUAAAACUCAUCUGUAAUGAUAAUUCUAACUACUUAGCUACGAUUGAACGCAGACAGCAACGAGAUGUGACAAAGUUUGCUCGAGUUUACUUCAACUGGAACAGAGCGACUGUGAACGAGCCGGUACGAGUUCUGGUAGCAGGGCAUUCUUUAACACAACGAAACAUUGAUUAUAAUCAAGAAUUUUCAGCUAUAGAGCUGUCAACAUCAAGUCGUGUCACAGGCAUCGCGAGUUGUAAGGCUUCAGGGAAUGUUAUUAUUUCAACAGAUGGAAAACUUUGCCUUUAUAGGCAGUGUGUCGUACGGAAUGUUAUACCGGAAGUACAGUCUUCAGAAUGUGGGGGUGUCAAAAUUAGUGAUUUUGAACACUUUUUGGACAUAAAUCCAGGAUUUGUUGUACGAGGAAUUGAUCUAUGUGGUCCAUAUGUUACAUUCAGGUCCAAGCUUGAAGUUCGAGUUAUUAAGUUGGUGUUUUUUACUCAAACAGAGGAGAGGAGGCAGAGAGCCACCAAUGCUGGAGAAAAACACAGUGAGCUCUCAAGGAUCRAUCCCAGCAUAGCUGUUGCUGAGAACUCCAAAGAGGUGAUUGACGAGAACUGCACUUUCUGGUCAUUUGGCGCUAACCCCUCACUAUCAUACAAAGAACCCAGCAGCUUUGUACAAAGUGAAUGCUUAUUCAGAAAAAUAAGAUCAGAGUCUACAUAUACAGACACAUUUCUUGAUCCCAAAGAGGUGAUUGGUCCAAUGGUGGAGGUUAAAGGUCAUCCACUUAAGGUGGCUCUUUCUGGAAGAUUUGGAAUUGGUAUAGCUGUGGGUAAAGAAAGAUAUUCUGUCCAGGCAGUAACAAUGCUGUACAGAAGAUUUAGGGCUGAGAACCUUUGUAAUAGCGAUAAUGAAGUAGCAGCUCUCCAUUCUCUUCAGCUUUUACCAACUUACACUAAAGGGCUGGAACUAAACAGAGAAGAUCUAGUAUCACCCCUGAGACCAUGCCGUGGCCAAGAUAUUUCACUUUGUGGUAUCUGUGUCAUAGUUUCAGGCCCUAAAGAGGGUUAUGUUUAUGAUGUUCUCAAUACUCCCAGACUAUUAUCAGUUUAUAAAUAUACCCGUGAUACUAUAAAAGUGUCUGUCUGUCAUACUCUUCUCCAUGCAAUCACCAGUGAAGGUCUUGAGACUUAUACUGUGAGGAUGUUUGCUGCAGCAUCUGAAGCCAUACGGGAGAAAGAAACUCUAAGACUGCAAAACUUGAAGGCGGAGGUCAUGUCAAAUGUAGCUGAUGCUAAUAUACAUAAAGAGGGUUCAAGCCAAACUGAUCAAGAUUCAGGAGUGAAAGAUUUAAAAGAGAGAAAUAAAGAAAAUAAGAUUCUUCCAGAAGAGAAUAAUGUUGAAGAUCAGUUAGAAGCAUCAGCUGCAGCACCUGCAUCAUCAUUUCAUGUCGAAGAAAGUGACACAGCAUCAAUGGAAGACUCCUCAAAGGAGAAUAGUUUUACUAGCUCGAUCUCAAAUGAUUCCAAGAAAAAAUCUCCCAUGGUUUCACUCUCAGGGUUUGGACCUCUCGACCAAGACAUUACUGGGGAGAUGGCAGGGGAUCAGCUGACAAACUACUUAGAAGAAAAACUUCAAGCUCUCCCUUCUAAGGGGCUUUCUCAUAGCAACAGUGAGAAGCUCUUGAGAACGACGAACUCUUGUCUACCCAUCAUUGAACUUAGCUACCUUAACACGCUGUGCCCCCCAUCAACACUGGAUAUCUGUCUGAUAGGGAUGUAUCCCUUUGCUGGCCCGUCCUACGUCAUGUGUUCUGAAGGAAGUGUUGUCCUGUUUACGAAAGCUUCACGGGCAGUGGCUUCUUCAAGCCGUGUUCAAGCCUCUGGUAUCAGUCCUCAUCCAGAAUGGUCCAUUUAUCUACUACAAAACAUGGAUCCCGUGCAGCUUUACAAGGCUGUUAUGCCUCUAGCAAACCGCUGUCAGAAGCCCAAUCCACAGGCCUUCCACCAUCUAGUCUGCGAGCAGCACAUGUUCCUCAGAGCGUGCUGUUUGCCUGAAAAUAACAAGGUGAAGAAGAAWAUCACGAAGUUGAUAAGUGAAUCUGCAGCUAACCUUGGAGAUAUUUAUUCAAGAAACGACGAAAUGUUACGCCCAAGGUUUUCACCCUUGGAUAAUCUGGUGUCCGCUAUUCUCUAUUUAAACCAAUGCGAACCGGACCACGCCCAAGCCUCUUUGAGCUCCAUUCAAGAGAAUGAGAUGAUCGAGACAGUUGUUACCAACUGCUUCUUGCUUCAUGGGGACUUCAAACAUCUUACACCUUUGGCUCAGAUGUUGCGUAAACACAAACCCACCAUCUUCUUAGAAGUUCUCCUUCGUCUUCAUGAUAGCAAGAAAUGGUCACUGGAAAUAAUUCUCAACCUUCUUGAUGCUAACAGACAAGAUGUUCAGUAUAACUACCAAGUAACAGAGUUUCUCGAGGCCAUUUUGAAUGACAAGAGAAGAUCCGAGUCUUUCCCAACUGCUGUGGAUUUUCUUUCGAAUAUUUUACUCAUGCGUCUAGCGAGCAGCUCAACACAGAAAGGAGGGUCAGUGCAGUCAACUCACCAACAUGUUCCCAAAGGAAAUGGUCAUUUUUCAGGGCGUCACGAUUGGUUGAAUAAUUUGCCUCCAUUUUCAGUAAAUAAAUUUAUAUUUUUAAAGGCUUUGCUGUGCUCUAAUUUUACGUCAAGUCUCUUAUGCGACUCCAUUCUCGCCAAGAUUCAAGAAAAGAAGUUCAAAGGAGAUCUUUCCAUCCUGUUACUGUGUUAUCCAAGAGUAGAGAAGUUUAGACAAGCAACAGCUCUUAUUCUAGAAAAUUGCCCGGAUGUAAUGAUCCCCUUUGGGGAAUUGUUCUUCAAAGCUGACGUCGAUAAGUGGUCUCAUUUGCUCAAUGAUUUACUUCAAAAGUUUGAACUCCCACAACUAAGUGACGAUGCUGAAGCCAAACCAUCAAGAGAUGCAUUACUGGAUGCACUUAAGGGCGUACUCUCUAAGCUGGCUCAGCUCACCAGUCCCCAGGAGUUUCKGUCGCUUAUGCCGGACGAGGGCGCACUGGGAUUCUUCUUACCAUAUUUGGAACAGUGCGUACGACAAAGAGCAUCGGAUAAGCUCUGUGUUACUUUAACAUCAGAUAGUAUAGGAAAUUCAAUGCAUUUGCAUUGAGCGGUAUAUCUUAUCAUACUUCGUAGAAUACAAACUUCUUUGCCCUGGGCGCAAAGCUCUCCCCUUUUAGACCAAGUUUCAUUCUCUUGAUGACAAGAUUCUUUGUUUGAGUUGUAUCCAUAUUCAUGUGUCUUCUCAUGUGCAACCAUUAAACAAAGAAAUUAUACUCUAUAGGGAAUGAAACGUGGUUUGAAAUGGAAAAACAUUUACGCCCAAGUUAAAGAGUUCUAUCCAAUGCCUGAUAUACCAAUACCUUGUCCGAGUGGGAAUGAGCCACAGUCUGGAUUUAGAAGCGCUACCAAAGAAUUUUGGGUAAAAAGUGAGAUAUAUAAAACCACAGGCUUACCAGGUUCAGAGUAUGUCUCAAAAAAAAAAAAACAUACGCGCAUGCGCAAACUGUCCAAGAAAACAAACAUGGCCGCUGAAGCGCAAAAAUUCGAGUUUUUCAGGGAAAAUUAUUUUAAUAACAAACGAUAGAAAAACAUUAACAAAAAUCCUUAGGAAUAUUUGCUAGAUUAAAAUACAAAUUAUAUAUAACUUUCAAGAUAAGUUUAAAAAGGAAAAUAUGAUUUUUUCACCUUUUGCUGUUUCAAUUUUAUAUAAGGUGGGAUCACUAAUGAAAAAUGCUAUAAAUGACGUUAUAUCGGUGCGCGUGCACAAAGAGUGCUUUGAACUUCAAUUAUGAGCAAACUAGCCGGUACAGCAAGUGCACGGUACGACAUGCCGUAUCAUCGAAAUGGCUUCCCACAAGAUGGUUGUCGUACGAGUAGGUUAUGUACGAUACCGUCUUACAGCAAGUGCACGGUACGACAUGCCGUAACAUCGAAAUGGCUUCCCAUAAGAAUGGUUGUCGUAUGAGUAGGUUACGUACGAUACUGCCUUACACUGAGCACGUGCAUGGCACGACAUGCAGUAACUUUAAAAUGGCUUCCAAUACGAAUGGUUUACCUAGUGAGCUGGUCACAAUUGCUGCUGAUAGCUCGGUUGAAAUUAACUAACUAAACAUAUAUGAAGCAAUUGUUUUGAGCGAUGUUUGGUAUUGAGUAGAUGACGUCACUGAAUCCAAAGAUUUUUCCAUUGAACUUUCAACCGAACUGUAUUUUGGACGAUAUUAAAAAAGACGUCUUUGCUA